UAAUCCUUGAGCCGUGCGCGCUCAGACACGUUCAGCCGCAUGGCUGCCCAGUAGUACCGAUCGGACGAGAAAAGUCCCUAGGAUUUAUUUAACAGGGACUUAUUCCCGCAACUCGUCUUCGCCGUCUCGUCGCUUCAUGCAAAUGAGUAGCGCGUCGCCUUGGUGCGUUAAUGGCGCGGAGACAACUCGCGACGAGGUUAUGUUUCUCGUAUCAUGCGAGAUCGGGAGCAACGAUAGGAAAGUUUAUCGCCACGUGAACCGAGACUAACGUCUUCAUUUAGGUUUAUAGCGGAACAUCCCUUAAUUCGCAUAAGCAUCUGCCUCGCUCUCGUAACUCGUUCUCGCAUUGACUUAACCUACAAGUCGUCGCGUCGUUUGUCGUGCACGUUUUUGCAUGUAAUUAAGGAAUAAAAAAAGAUUCUUUUAUCCCUAACGAGGAAAGUGUGUCGGGGACGUGCUCGGAUUGUUCCACCUAUCCGAUUGUGCUCGAUGAAUACGAAAAUACCGAGUGAUUUAUUUCUUUUUAUUUACCACUCUCACCGUACUGCGUGAUUCACUGGAAGUUCGGAUGCAGCUGCGUUCCAAUGACAUUUUCACCUUUUAUUCUCACGCCGGAGUUAAUACAUCGCGCCGUGAAACGUAUCGGGAAGUGAUUCCAUUCCUGUUGCACAUUCAUGAAGAUUCGUCAGCAUCGUUAACCUGCUUGUCCACCUACAGGAUCUUUCAUAAAUGCCUGACAGGUCAUUCCAGUUUACCAAAACGUAUGUACGAAAUACUAUUAGCCGAGAGCGAAUGAUUCAUAAUGGACAAGGCCUAAACAUUACUCAGACGACUUCUAUAAAGUCGUUAAACGUUCCCGGUUAUUGAGAGUGACGUAAUGUUUAACUAGAGCCGAGAAAAUACGGAAUUGACCGAAGAGUGAAGUUGGUUUUGCUUCUCCUACGAGGAACUUCACGUUGUUAUACUCUGCCGCAAGAUGUCCUACGGCGUUCCUAACCCCCAUUAAUCGAGGAUGGCUAAAAAGACAGGAGCUGCUGCACUGCAAACGGAAGUGACCACGGACGACGAAUGGCGUCUUGUUCUCGAAAGAAAGGGACUCGUAGUGGUUGACGUUUAUUCGGAAUGGAGUGGUCCAUGUCUGGCCAUGGUUAGUACGUUGAAGAAAAUCAAAAUGGAGCUCGGCGGGGAUCUGGUCAGCUACGCGGUAGCACGGAACGACGAGAUCUCCAGCUUGGAACGGUUCCGCGGUAAGAGCGAACCUGUCUGGAUUUUCCUACAGGAUGGUAAAAUGGUGAAUCUGAUGUUCGGUGCCCACUGUCCAAAUCUCCAAAGACUGCUCACCGAGGAGAUACGUAGGGUCCAGCAGGCAGAAUCCCCCAAGUGGAUUAUACCGGUCGACCAGAGAUGCCCCGAGGAGGAAACACGCUGGCAGGAGAUGGAGAGCAUCAGGAAGGCGCUGGAGGAGAAGAAGAAAGCCAAGGAAGAUGCUGAGAAGAAAGCAAAGUAUGAAAUCUUCCUGUCCCAGAUGAUGGCGGAGCUCUGCGAGGAGACGGCGCUUCUUCUCUAUCCCUGGGUCUUUAAGGACGACGAUGGAAAUUACAAGGACAAAGACAAGUGUCCCGCUUAUGCUGAACUCGUUCACGAGCUACUUCCGGAUCGUUAUGACGUAGUCGAGGAAGUUAAGAUAUUACUGAACGAGGAGAUGGUUGAGAAAAUGAUGGUGGAGAGCAAUCUGGAGAUUACCGAAGAAAUUCUUAAAGGACUCACCGAUGGCAAGUGCAUGGCACUGAGACUCAAGGGGAAACCUCCACAGCUUUCCUGGCCUGUACCUUUUCCUCACGAAUGUCCCGAAGAGCUGGAGAUAUGUCCUAUACGUGCUGUCGAUGAUGUUGAAAAUUAUUUAAAUUACCUGCUCAACGCUCGAAAUACGUCGACUGAUCAACCUGAAGAAAUUAAAUCAUACAUGGAACGUCAUACCCAUGUUCAAGAGGCAGAUCCUAAUGUUGAGGGAGAUACUGAUAAGGUUUAUCCAGCUGCUUGGACCCCGCCACAAGCUAGAAGCAAAGUUCACGUGUUAAAAACAAUUUUCUCCAACUACAUGGAAAAAGCGCAUCCUUACGAAGAGCCUGUACCACCUUUACCUAUCAAUGCAUUCAAGUACGAGGCAUCGAAACUUCCUGCAGUCACGGACGCGUAUACCAACUGGCAAGAAUACGUCGUGCACUUCGGUGCAUUUGAAUUCGACGAUUCCACGUACGCGAGACGUCUGGCAUCGACACCGGAAGAUUUUGAGAAUAAGGUGAAGCACAAAACUGGCGGCGAAGUCUUCAUUGUCAUCAUCAGAAGAGCCCACGACGAAGCUUUUUUGGCUUUUGCCGGAAUCGAGCCAUAUUUCUUAUCCGAAGACAACGACGAAGCAGAAGCAAUAGGCGCGGUGUAUUUCCCAGCCGGCGCGGUAGAUCUGAUCCCCCAGGAUACGGAAGAGGAGGAGGAGGAGGAG